AUGGUUAGGUCAACAGCGUACAUAGUGUUCGCGAUUGUAGUAUGCGGCGUCUCGGGACUACUGGAGCCGCUGAACUUCGCCGGGCGCGAGAUAUACGAAGUAGAGACGACUGUUCAGCUGCAGGAAGUGACCCAACGCGAGCGUGAAGUGGGUUACAAGGUGAAGGCGGUUUUAAGCGUGGAAGAAACCUGGCACGCCGAUGACGAGCGGCUGUUGCGCUUCGAGUUGUCGGAGCCACGACUGCUAAUUCGCGGUGCGAACGCCCGUGAAGACUUUCUGCCACACGAUUCUGUCUGGGACUCCUAUCCCCACUCCGAGUUCUAUGCGCAUUUUAAAGACGGAUUAGUGCUGAAUGUUUACCUGGAUGCCGAUGAGCUGUUUGAUGUCCUCAACUACAAGCGUUCUCUUAUUAGCCAAUUUCAGCUUCAGACCUCCAAGGGCGCAGGCAUCGAGACAGACGCGUCGGGAGUCUGUCGAGUGGCCUACGAGACUCCAGACGGGAAUACCGUUCGAAAGAUAAAGAGUGAGUGCGAAGGCGAGUGGGGCGAGUCAAGGCGCGUAGCGCGCUACACGCUGAAGGAUGGAUGCCUCGAAGCCGUGCACGCCGAGGAGGUGCACGAGGCGCGGCUGGCGGCCGGAGGAGGGCUCAAGGCGCGCGCCUGGCUGCGGCUCUCGCACCGAGCCACCGCGGAAGCCGCGCCACUUGCCGUCGAUCGAGCCGAGGCCCUCGCGGCCGUGCCCUCGCGCCUCGCGUCUCUGCCCCUGCGGGCCCCCUCGCCUGACCCCGUUGACUCCGUCGAUUCCUCGGAGUCGGAGGAGUCGCAGUCGACGGAGUGGGAGCCGGACGAGGCCGAACGAGGGGGCGACGCCUCGCAGGCGUGGCGGGCGAUGCGCGCCCGAGAGGCGCUCUGCGGCGAGACGCGAGCCCGCCUCGGCGCUCUGCUGGAGCGCGUGGACCGGGGGCGUCUCCCGGAGGCUCUGCGGGUGCUCGGCUCGUGCGGCACGAGGGCGUCGCACGCCGCCGCGGACGACCUGCUGCGACUCCGCGAGCCGUCGUCGCCGCUCGCCUCGCUGGCGCCGCACUACUACGCGGCCCUCGCGCUCGCCCCGAACCCGCACGUGAGCGUCGUCGAGGGUCUUCUCGCCUCGAGUUCCUGGCCCCGUGACGGCGCCGAGGAGCGCGACGCCGACGUCGCGGCCGCCGCGCUCGCCGCUCUCGGUGCGGUCGCUCGGACGCUGCGACGACGCGAACCCGAGUCGCGACUCGCGGCCACCGCCGCGGGGAAGCUCACCUCCGCCCUCGCCGAGUGCCGAGACGAGCGAUGCCGCGUCGCACACCUGCGCGCCCUCGCCAACUCCGCGCCGAGCGGCGCCUCCGAGGUCCUCCUGUCGUGGGCGGAGCGCGGCACCGACGGCGAAGCGCUGGCGGCGCUGGAUGCCCUGGACGCGCUGAGCGCGGACGGCGCGCUCUCGCCGCGCACGUCGCGUCGGCUGCGAGUGCUGAUCGCGUCGGGGAGGCCCUUGGUGGUGCGGGCCUCCGCGCUGGACGUGGUGUUGCGGGCCGCCGCCGAUGCGCCUUUCACUCUGCUGUCGCUCGUAAACACGCUGACGUACCAGGCGGAGGGUGAGCUGGUGCGCGUACUGUGGCAGCGGCUGGUGGCGCUCGGCGAAAGCACCGCGAUGUUCCGCGCCGCGCUCCCUCCCACUCUGAGGAUGCGUGCGCUCUUCGCUCCCGCCACGUCCGUCGCCCUCCGGCGGAGUCUGCCGCCGCCGAUCGCCGCGCCCGCCGCGUUGGUCGCCCUGGACUCGCUGCAGGUCGCCCGCGGAGGCGCCCUGCGGCGAGGCGUCGUGCGGCUGCGGGGUCCCGAAUUAGACCCGCUCGUCGUCGACCUCGUCGCGACCGGGCUCGAGGAGCUCGCGGGCGGCGCCGGCGACGGCGAGCCGACGGCGGCCUCGCUGGCUCUGUCGGCGGGCGGCGCGCGUCUGCCGCCCGUCUCGCUGUUCGACGGGCGCGCCGAGCUGGCGGCGCACGUGUGGGCGGGCACGGCGAGCGCCCCGACGCCGGCUCUCCGCGCGAUUUUGCCGCUGGCUUCGAGGACGCGAGCGCUGCGCCUCCUCGACGGCGUCGCCCUCCGCGGCCGCCUGGAGGCGCUCGCGGCGGUCGCCCUCGAUGCGCACGCGCAGGUGUCGGUGUGGUCGCGCAGCGCGCGCGGCGGAGUGGAGGCUCGCGGCGGGGUGGCGGCGCGCGCGUCUCUGAGGGCGGAGGCGGCGUGGGGCGAGCUCGACGCCGUCGCCGAACUGGAGCUAGAGCCGCGGCUGCGCAUCGCCGCCGAUCUGGACUUCUACGACGGCGUGGCGCUCUGUGUGCGCGUGCGCGUGCCGGCCGCUCCUCAGACGCUGCGAGCGACGCUGCGGUCUCGUCUGGGGGCGUCGCGACGGCGCGUGCGGCGCGUGAGCGAGCGGCGUUGGGGCGCCGAGGGCCGCACUCUGUCGCUGGGCCCGGAGCUGGACGCCGCUUGCCGCUCGCUCGGCUCGGCCGAGGACUAG